CGAGCUCGACUGCAAGGCCACCGACUUGCGUGAAGCUGCGUCGCUUCCAGGCGUUCGUUCGCCGCAAUACUGGCCUCGCUCUCUCUUCUCCCACCUCCGCCCCCCACCGUCCUCCACGCCCACCCACGUCUCCCCAGCCUGGACGACAGCGCCGUAGGUGACGUCACACUGCAGCUCCUCCACGGCGGGGAUCUCGCGAGACGACGAGGCAACAAUCCGGCCGCUCUCCUCUCGCGCUGACGCCGAGCUGCGGGGCUCCGAUCCGCCCAUCUCCCACCCAGGCCUCCCUCCACCUCCUCCCCGCAGGCAGGCAGGCAGGCAGGCAGGCAGGCAGGCAAGCAGGCAGGCAAGCAGGCAAGCAAGCAGGCAGCCCUCCCUCCCUUCCCACGCCCCAGUGCGCCGUGGGAUAGUGCCACUAUAAAGUAUAUCCUCUCUCGGAGGAAGAUAAGAAGCCCGAGACGAGACAGGAGGGGGAUGAAGAUGGCGGACGCCAAGCAGAAAAGGAACGAGCAGUUGAAGCGGUGGCUGGGCUCCGAGACGGACCUCGAGCCGCCGAUCCUCAAGAAGAAAAAGACGAAGGUGAAGUUCGACGAUGGCGCCGUGUUCCUUGCCGCCUGCUCCAGCGGCGACACGGAGGAGGUGCUGCGAAUGCUCGACCGCGGCGCCGACAUCAACUACGCCAACGUCGACGGGCUCACCGCCCUCCACCAGGCCUGCAUAGACGACAACCCGGACAUGGUGACGUUCCUGGUGGCGCACGGGGCCAGCAUCAACCAACCUGACAACGAGGGCUGGAUCCCCCUCCACGCCGCCGCCUCCUGUGGGUACCUGGGCAUCGCAGAGUACCUCAUCAGCCACGGGGCCAGCGUGGGUGUGGUGAACAGCGAGGGCGAGACGCCGCUGGACAUCGCCGAGGAGGAGGCCAUGGAGGAGCUCCUGCAGAACGAGAUCAACCGGCAAGGCGUGGACAUUGAGGCGGCCCGCAAAGAGGAGGAGCGCGUCAUGCUGCGAGAUGCUCGCCAGUGGGUCAACAGCGGGCAGAUCCAGGACAUCCGCCACGCCAAAUCUGGAGGAACGGCGCUCCACGUUGCCGCCGCCAAGGGCUACGUGGAGGUUUUAAAGCUUUUAAUCCAAGCAGGGUAUGAUGUAAAUAUUAAGGACUACGACGGCUGGACUCCGCUCCACGCGGCGGCACACUGGGGCAAAGAGGAGGCCUGCAGGAUACUGGUGGAGAACCUUUGCGACAUGGACGUCAUUAAUAAAAUGGGGCAGACACCUUUUGACGUCUCGGACGAAGACGUUCUCGGAUACUUGGAGGAGCUGCAAAAGAAGCAAAAUCUGCUGAUAAGUGAGAAGAAAGAAGACAAAAAGUCUCCUCUCAUUGAAACCAGUACCACGGGGGACAACAACCAAUCACUGAAACCGCUCAAAAGCAAAGAAAUGCUACUGCUGGAGCCGGAGAAGAGCGCCCCACGGAUCGAGACCCUGGAGCCGGAGAAAGUGGACGAGGAGGAGCAGGAAGAGGAGGGCAAAAAGGACGAGUCCAGCUGCUCCAGCGAGGAGGAGGAGGAGGAGGAGGAAGAUUCAGAGUCGGAGAACGAAGCGGAUAAGAGCAAACCCUCGGCGUCCGUGGGCAACAGCACCGCGCCCCCCCAGGCCAGCAUCACAGUUUCCUCUCCCGCCAGUCCCACCAACCAGCUGACCAGCCCCUCGUCGCCCACGAAGAAGGUCGCCAUCCAACCGGGCACCAAGGUCUCGGCCAAAGCGGAGGAAGAGCGCAAGGAUGAGUCGCCGGCCUCGUGGCGACUGGGCCUGCGGAAGACGGGCAGCUACGGCGCUCUGGCGGAGAUCACGGCCACCAAAGAGGCGCAACGGGAGAAAGACACCAGCACGGGAGUCAUGCGGUCGGCGUCCAGUCCGCGCCUCUCCUCCUCCCUGGACAACAAAGACAAAGAGAAGGAGAAGGACAAAGGAACUCGACUCGCCUACGUGGCGCCGACCAUUCCCAGGAGACUGGCCAGUACGUCGGACAUCGACGAAAAGGAAAACAGGGACUCGGCCGCGCUGAUCCGUAGCGGCUCCUACACCCGGCGGCGCUGGGACGACGACCUGAGGAACAGCGAAGGAACCACCUCCACAAACAGAACCUCCAGCUACCAGCGAAGCACGUCCCACACGCUAGCGCUAGGUCGGAGCGGCAGCACGCGGGACGUGCCGGCCAAGUCUUCGUCCACCUCCAGCUUGGACCCUAACACGUGUCACACUAAACCCUGGCAGCCGCCCGCCUCCCACUACCAGUCAUACAGCAUUUACCGCAGCGGCUCUUUCGGCAGACGAUACGACGACUUGAGCUCCUCGACGACCGCCCCCGCUUCUGCCACCUCCUCCUUGUCCUCCCCCACCACCACAACAACGACGACCACCACCACCACCACCACCUCAUCAUCGGUUACCUCGCCCACCGGCCACCGCAGCCUGGGCUCCGCCUACACCCGGGCUGGCUCCACCAGUCUCACCAGCAGGUACUGGUCAGAGGAGAGUGCAGAGAGGGAAAAGGACAAAGAGCGGGAGUCGGCCACGGUCAUCCCCACCAUCAACACUGGCUCCACCACCACCACCACCACCGCCGCCAUCGGCACGUCUGGCAUUAACGCCGCCACCACCACCACCACCACGGGCACGGGCCCCGAACGACGCAGGUCGUACCUGACACCCGUACGGGACGAGGAGUCCGAGUCCCAGAGGAAAGCCCGCUCCAGACAGGCCCGCCAGUCGAGGAGGUCCACGCAGGGCGUCACUCUGACCGACCUGCAAGAGGCCGAGAAGACCAUCGGCAGGAAUCGCACCCCAAAGAGCCGCGAGGAGGAGAAGCAGGACAAGGAGAAGCAGGAGGAGAAGAAGGAGUACGAAUCCAAGGAGGACGACUACCGACCAAAGUAUCGCAGCUUCGAAGACCGCUACCGCACCUCCUCCUCCUCCACGCCGUCGUCCUCCGUGACCACGUCGGCCCCGUCUUACUCCAGCACCGCACUGACCUCCGGCUCUGGCUCCGGCUCCCUCAACAGGCCCAACAGCCUGACGGGCGUCACCUCCUCCUACAGCCGCUCCUCCAGGGACAGCGAGAAAGAAACGGACAAACAGGAAGAGGAGAAAGAGGGCGACGACAAGUCCCAGCCUCGCUCCAUCCGGGAUCGCAGGCGGCCCCGCGAGAAGCGACGAUCCACCGGCGUCUCCUUUUGGACCCAAGACGGGGACGACAACGACCCCGAGCAGCAGUCCGACUCGGAGGAGGGCAGCGUCAAGGGAGAGGUGCAGGUGGACAGGUUGUGCAGGAACGACGCCGGCAGCGCGGCGACUUCCCUGGACCGCAACGACUCGCUGCUCGGCCGGGGCUACGGCGAGAGUCGGAGGGCGUACGCCAGCCGGCUGGACAGAGACGACGCCACCGACUACAAGAAGCUCUACGAGCAGAUCUUAGCCGAGAACGAGAAGCUGAAGGCGCAGUUACGCGACACGGACCUGGAGCUGGCCGACUUGAAGCUGCAACUGGAGAAGGCCACGCAGAGGCAGGAACGCUACGCCGACAGGUCGCAGCUUGAGAUGGAGAAAAGGGUAACGAGCAGGCCUCAGUAUCAUCCGGCCGUUGGAAAGACGAGCUCUCGAAAGGAAAAUUUCUGAGAUGGAGGAGGAACUCAAGACGCUCCCCGACUUGAAAGCGGACAACCAGAGGCUAAAGGACGAGAACGGCGCGCUCAUCCGAGUCAUUAGCAAGCUUUCCAAGUAGACCAGACCACCGCCCGCCCGCCCGCCCGCCUGCCUCUCUAGCCCCCUCUGCCAGUGACUAAUGGAAUUGCACAUUUAGGUAGAAUUGCAAGAGACAUCAGAGACCCCCGCUCCCACCCGCCCGCCACCUCCCUCCGUUUACAAACCCGACGUCUAUUUAACCAGUAAGCCUUAGUUGUACAUAAAGAAGACCGCUCGUGAGGAACAGUUAUGAUUGUUAUUAUUGUUAUUAUUAUUACAACAACACCUGAUUUUACUUGUGCCACGCCGCCUUUUAGUUCCUCCUGUUGCGUGCUGUGCCCCCCUCACUCCCCUCCCUCCUGAGAAGUGCCACUUGGUUUUUUUUUUUGUUGUUGUUUUUUAAAUCCUCACGCGUGCACCCACUCACUCUCGCACACACUCAUGCCACACACACCCCCCCUGCCCCCCUCCCUAUUCGUUUGACUUUCAAGGGGGGAAAAAAAAAAAAAUUUGAGGCGGAUCGUGUGGAAUUUAAGCUUUCACUGAAUGUGCAAUAUGCAUUAUUGUUAUUUUUUUAUGCUCUAUGACAUCACUUGGUUUGUCGGACGCGUCACUCUUCUCACUUUUCUCCCCCCCCCUUUUUUUUGUUUUUGUUUUGUUUUUGGCAUGUAGUGUUAGAUGGUUUAUACUCUAUUUGUCACAUUGUUUUAGCAGGUACUGAUUGAAGCUAUGUGUAAACACACAAAUCUGUGUGUGUGUGUGUGUAUGUAUAUAUAUAUAUGCAUAUAUAUAUAUAUAUAUAUAUAUAUAUAUAUAUAUAUAUAUACACACACACACACAAUGUGUGUGUAUAUACAUAAUGCUGUAUGUUUUUGUUUGAGCAGCAUACGCUGAGUCUGUUACUAUUAAAAGUAUACCAAUUCCACACAGUACAAGCAAGUGUCAUUAUCUUUUUUUUUUUUUUUUCGUGUGUGUGUUAUUAGAGGCGAAAAAUGUUUCAGAUUUCAAAGCGGGAUGGCCGAGGGUGUUUUUUUUUUUUUCCCGUAUUUUUUUUUCUUCUUACUUCAAGACAGUCUUGACCAAACAGCGUGACAGCGUUUCGCUUUCGUCGUCUUCACUAACUUGGAUGAGUGCUGUUGUGUUUUUGUAGUAUUAUAUAGCCCCCCCCCAAAAAAAAAAAAAAUCUUAAGUCUCCAUUUUGCGAAAAGUCUACGUGCACUGUCGACGCCGCGAGUCCAAAACACGCCGUGGGAAUAUCCCCCCCCUCCCCUCCUCCCCUUGCCAACUUUCAUGCAUUUCAGGUGGCCUUUUUAAGCGUAUUUCAGUCAAAAAGAAGAAAAAAGUUGCUCUAAAAAGGCUGACGACGACGAUGAUGAAGAGGAGGAAUAUGACCAUCUACUCUGGUUAAGUUUUUUUUUUUUUCUUCUUUUUUGUUGUUGUUUUUCUUGUAAAAUAGGUGUGUGGCUUAAUACGUACAAGCUGUGCUGUGACUACCGACCACUGAAGAGUUCGUUAAAAAUAAACUUGUACAUUGUAAAGUUCA